CAAAUUAAACGAUAUUUGCAUAUAUCAAAUAUUAAUUCUGAAAAGCUUUGUUGGUUUGACAAAGUUGAGCCACUUUCAUCACAUAUUCGAAAUAUUAGCAAACAAAUUUAUAUGCCUGGUUCAAAUGUUGCAAUUGAUGAAAUGAUGAUACGGUUUUCUGGACGUAGUAAACAUACGUUUAGAAUGAAAAAUAAACCUAUUUCAGAAGGUUAUAAAGUUAUAUCUUUAUGCGAAAAAGGAUACACUUACACAUUUACAUAUGAAUCACAUGUUGAGACGAAUCAAGAAGCUUCAAGUAUUUCUGGUCUUAACAAAACUAGAUCGAUUGUAUCAUAUCUUGUUAUACAAUUAUCUAAUAAUAAUGAACCUGUUCAUAUGCUUUCGACUAUUUAUAGUAUUAAAGGUAAUAAAUGGAAAACUUUAAAAUUGCGACGACGGCCACGAGAAACAAGCUCAAAUGUAGUCAAUGUGUGA